CCGCGGGCGCUGGCGCGGCCGCCCGGUGCCACCAUGGGGACCUUGGGGACGUUGCUGCCCGCCGCCCGCCUCAGCCUGCCCUCGUCACCCGUGGCCGCCUCGGCGCUGCCGCCGGUGUCACUUGUCACCAAGGCCACCCCGCCCAGGCUGGGCGUCACCAAGGCGGCGCCGCUCGAUGUCACCAAGGCCGCCGGCGUCGUCACCAAAGCCGCCGGCGCUAAAGACAGCGGCGUCACCGGCAAGGCCACCAACGUCACCGACGGGGACGGCAAGGCCGGCGUUGUCCCCAGCGGUGUCCCCAAGGCCGUCCCCGCCGGGGUCAGCCCGCUGGGCGCCGCCAUCCUCCGCGCCAGCGCCGACGCCAGCGCCAGGGCCACGCUGGCCGCUGUCCCCAGGGCCGCCCUCGAUGUCACCAAGGCCACCCUGGAUGUCACCAAGGCCAACCUUGAUGUCACCAAGGCCGCCCUGGAUGUCACCAAGGCCACCGGCGUCACCAGUAUGACCAGUGGGACCAGUAACGCUGUCGCCAAGGGUGCCGGUGUCACCGCUGUGGCCGGCGUCAGCGUCGCGGCCGGUGUCACCAGAGCCACCACCGGUGUCAUCUGUGUCACCAGUGCCACCAGUGUCACCAGUGUCACCGCUCCCAGUGUCACCAGUGUCACCAUUCCCAGUGUCACCAGUCCGGCCAGAGCCACCGGUGUCACCAGUCCCGGCAGUGUCACCGGUGUCACCGUGGCUGCCAGCGCCACCGGUGUCACCAGCGCUCCGAGGGCCACCAGUGCCACCAGUGCGGCCGCUGCCAGUCUGACCAGUUUGAGCAGUGCUGCGGCCACCAGUGCCACCAGUGCCACCAGUGCGGCCGCUGCCAGUCUGACCAGUUUGAGCAGUGCUGCGGCCACCAGUGCCACCAGUGCCACCAGUGUCACCGUUCCUGUGGCUCCCAGUGCUCCCGGUGUCACCGGUCCGGCUCCCAGUGUCACCAGUGUCACCAGUGUCACCAGUACCGGCACUCCCAGUGCUCCCAGUGCUCCCAGUACCAUCGUGACUGCGGCUCCCGGUGUCACCAGUGUCACCAGUGCGGCUCCCAGUGUCACCGGUGUCACCGUUCCAGCGGCUCCCAGUGCUCCCAGUAUGACCAGUACCGGCACGGCCGCAGCUCCCAGUGCUCCCAGUAGCGUUGUGGCGGCUCCCAGUGUCACCAGUGCCACCAGUGCCACCGGUGCUGCGGCUCCCAGUGUCACCGGUGCCACCGGUGCUGCACCUCCGAGCAUUCCCAGUGCUCCCAGUACGACCAUGGCAGCGGCUCCCAGUAUGACCAGUACAACUAUGGCAACAGCUCCCAGUGCUCCCAGUACCAUUGUGGUGGCUCCCAGUACGACCGUGACUGCGGCUCCCAGUAUGACCAGUUCCACCACGGCAGCGGCUCCCAGUGCUCCCAGUAUGACCAGCAUGACCGUGGCAGCGGCUCCCAGCGCUCCCAGUGCUCCCAGUAUGACCAGUUCCACCACGGCAGCGGCUCCCAGUGCUCCCAGUACCGUUGUGGCGGCUCCCAGUAUGACCAGUACCAGCCCAGCCGUGGCUCCCAGUAUCACCAGUUCCACCAGUGCUGCGGCUCCCAGCGCUCCCAGUGCUCCCAGUAGGCCCCGCCCCCUCCACGCAGAUUAA